GAAGGAAGUCAGUGCAUCAGCAUAUUUUUGAAGUGGUCAUUGGUGCUUGUGUUUUAAUAGCGGAAUAAACAAGGAAAUAUAGGCCUACAGUAUCUGGCGGAAAGUGUGCGAUUUGCCUAUAUAAGUUGCGGCGCAAGUGAGUUAUAACGCAAGUUGCCACGCAAUGAUAGCCAUGGCGGAGUACAAUCUCCUAACUUUCUUUGAUCACUGAAGCUUGCGUGUACCAAUGGAGCACAUUCAAGGUGCCUGGAAGACACUCAGCAAUGGCUUUGGAUUGAAGGACUCUGUGUUUGAUGACGCUGGCCUGUCCCCCACCAUCAUGAAAGGCUUCCCAUAUCAGCGGCGCUCAUCGGAGGAUGGGAAGAUACCAGACGCCUCCAAGACGAGCAGCACCAUCCGAGUUUACCUGCCUAACAAGCAACGCACCGUGGUGAACGCUCGGCCAGGUAUGACUCUGCACAACUGCCUAAUCAAAGCCCUGAAGGUACGGGGGCUUCAGCCCGAGUGCUGCGCUGUCUUUAGGCUCCAUCCUGGUCAGAGAAGCAGAAAAUCUAGAAUGGAUUGGAACACAGAUGCUGCGUCACUGAUCGGGGAAGAGCUUCUGGUGGAAGUGUUGGACCAUGUUCCUCUGACUACGCAUAACUUUGUACGGAAAACAUUUCUGAAGCUGGCUUUCUGUGACAUAUGCCAGAAGUUUCUCUUGAACGGUUUCCGUUGCCAAACUUGUGGCUACAAAUUCCACGAGCACUGCAGCACCAAGGUCCCAACCAUGUGCGUGGACUGGAGCAACAUCCGACAGCUUCUCCUGUUCCCAAGCCCUGGUGAAGGUGGUGCUCCUUCUCUUCCUCCCCUCACGUCACGGCGCAUGCGCGACUCUCUCUCCAGAUUUCCUGUCAGCUCCUAUCACAGACACUCCACACCUCACGCCUUCAACUACAUCGCCCCAUGUCCGCCCCCUGACGGAGCCCUCUCCCCCAGACAGAGGUCCACCUCCACCCCUAACGUCCACAUGGUCAGCACCGCCCUGCCGCUGGAUACCAGCAUGUACGAGCUAGAUAGCCUGCCUCCUCCCGCUGCCAGCACCUGUUGCCGAAGGCUUGGCCUGAAGAGAAGAGUAGGUACUGUUCGCUUCUCCAGCCCUUUAAAUGACGCCACCAGAGACAAGGAUGCCUUAAGAAGUCACGAAUCUGAGAGCCCUCCAGACCUAAGUCCAGGCUGGUCUCAGCUGAAAGUCCCAACCCCCAUGCACAGGGAGAGAGCCAUCUCUUCCAACUCUCAGGAGAAAAACAGAAUACGCCCCAGAGACAAAAGAGACUCGAGUUACUACUGGGAGAUUGAGGCCAGCGAGGUGGUGCUACAUUCUAGAAUUGGCUCAGGGUCCUUUGGAACUGUCUACAAAGGGAAGUGGCAUGGGGACGUGGCAGUGAAGAUCCUCAAGGUGACAGAUCCGACCCCGGAACAGUUCCAGGCCUUCCGUAACGAGGUGGCCGUCCUCAGGAAGACCAGACACGUCAACAUCCUGUUGUUCAUGGGCUACAUGACCAAAGACAACCUGGCCAUCGUGACCCAGUGGUGCGAUGGAAGCAGCCUCUACAACCACCUCCAUGUUCAGGAGACCAACCUCCAGAUGUUCCAGCUCAUCGAUGUCGCCAGGCAGACGGCUCAGGGCAUGGAUUAUUUACACGCUAAGAAUAUAAUUCACCGGGACAUGAAAUCCAACAACAUCUUUCUCCACGAGGGUUUGACUGUGAAAAUCGGGGACUUCGGCCUGGCUACAGUCAAGGCUAGGUGGAGCGGCUCCCACCAGGUGGAACAGCCCUCAGGAUCUAUCCUCUGGAUGUCUCCCGAGGUGAUCCGGAUGCAGGACAACAACCCGUACAGCUUCCAGUCUGACGUCUACUCCUAUGGCGUCGUGCUCUACGAGCUGAUGACGGGAGAGCUGCCGUACUCCAUGAUAGCCAGCAGAGACCAGAUCAUCUACAUGGUGGGCAGAGGCUAUCUGUCACCUGACCUCAGCAAGCUGUAUAAAAGCUGCCCCAAGGCCAUGAAGAGGCUGGUGGCCGACUGCAUCAAGAAGUCCAAAGACGACCGACCCCUUUUCCCUCAGGUCCUGUCCUCCAUCGAGCUCCUGCAGCACGCUCUCCCCAAGAUCAACCGCAGCACGUCCGAGCCCUCGCUGCACAGAGCCACUCACACCGCCGACAUCACCACCUGCACCCUGACCUCCACCAGGCUACCCGUUUUCUAGGGUUCGCCGUACCCACUGGCCCGCACAGACGAGCGGCGCAAUAGAACACGACUUUGAUUCUACCACGUGCCUGCCUCACGUCAGGCGGUAACUGUAUGCACGUUCAGCCACCCGUUGCCAACCUAAUGCAAGAGGAGAGGGAGAGACUGCCCUGGAGGAGAUGGAGCAGGAGAGACUGCCCCGGAGGAGAUGGAGAGGGAGACUGCCCCGGAGGAGAGAGAGACUUCACAGAUAUUGUAUGAAGUGUAGUUGCACUCUGUAUUUUUUCUUGGGAGUGAUUUGUGCUAAAAGUGACCAGACUUUCCCCAGAUUCCCCACAUUCACUGAAUGUUCACCACAUGUGCUGAAUGGUGUCUGGGGCACAGGUGUUUGAAAACCUACGGGACUAAGAGACACUUUGCCAUUGCGAUUAUUCUUGUCUUCUCACUGGUGUGAAUGCCACCAUGAAAUGUAUGACCAUUCAAACUGAUUUUAAAUGAGUACUUAUUACACAGCUUGACAAGCAGGUAUAUAGGGAUUGUUACUUGCCUGUUUAGAUCCAAGAAUGAUGGUGAAACUGAGGUCAAACAGGGUAGUAGUUUGUGGUUUUAAUAAUGAGGUAAUUGCCAGUCUGUUACAACCAGAUGAAGAUUGGGAGCGUCAGAAGACUCAUGUCUACAAUGAUUAGGGAUUUUCAUAUAUUUAGGUAAUUGUUUGCCUCUGAGGGUUAUAAUUGUACUUGAAUAAGCUUACACCUGAAAAAAUGUUUAUUCAUAUUUUAAUAAAAUAAAGCUAAAUACUA